GCGCGCCCUGCUGGCGGCGGGGGGCCUGCUCGCGCGCGCUGCCGCCGCGGCGGAGGGCUACCAGCUGAGGGAGGCCUUCCUCGGCGAGCAGUUUUUUUACCACUGGACGUUCCACAGCGGCCCGGCCCCCCCGGGCGGCGCGGUGGAGUACGUCGACUAUGCCUCCGCUCUCGCGCUGGGGCUGGUCAACGCCACGAGCGGCGAGGUCUACAUGGGCGCGGACGGGCGCAGCACCAGCGGGCCGGGCUCGAUCCGCAGGUCCGUGCGCAUCAGCUCCAGGGCGACGUUCAACGAGGGCCUCUUCGUGCUCGAGGCCGGCCACCUUCCCACCGGGUGCGGCACGGCGCCCUCCUUCGGCCUCUCCGCGGAGGAGGGCCCGGGCGGCGCCACGCCCCCGCCGGCGGAGAUCGACAUCGUGGGCGGCGUCCACCGCGCCACCCACGCGACGACCGCUCUCCGCACCGGCGCGGGCUGCGACCAGUCGGCGCUGCUGCCCGGGCGCGACUUCUCCACGAAGUGGGCGCCAGGCAGGACCAAGGCGGCGGACAGCUGCGACGUUCGGGAGCCGGGCCAGUUCGAGGGCCAGGGCUGUGCCCAGAGCGGGCCCAGGAACUCGGUCGGCGCCCGCCUGAACGCCGGCGGGGGCGGCACCUACGCGCUGGAGUGGGACCCCUCGGCUGGCCACAUCCGCGCCUGGUUCUGGCCCGUGGGCGCGGAGCCGGCAGAUGUGGUGGGCGACCCUGGCGGGGGGCUGGAGCCGGCAGCAUGGGGGUUGCCGUACGCGCACUUCCAGCUCGGCCAGGCGUGCCCCGCCGCCCUCUUCCGCGACAUGAGGUUGGUCUUCGACCUCGGCUUCUGCGGGCUCGAGGGCAUUCGCAACUUUGAGCUCGACUGCCCCGAGUUCGCCACCAUGACCUGCCAGGAGCUCGUCGCCAGCCGCCCGGAGUGCACGAAGGAGGCCUUUUGGUCACUGCGGUCACUAAGGGUCUACCACCGCCACGGGGCAGCAGGGCAGCCAUUGCCGUCUGCCCCGCCUUCGCCGCCCGCGGCGCCGACUGCAGGCCCCGGGGCCGCCGCUGCCGCCGCGCGCGCCGCCGCUGCAGAGGCACGGGCGGCUGCAAGGGCGGCGCCCGGGCGGGGGCCGAGGGAGCCGUCUGCCCAGGAAGGCACCGCGAGUGAGGGCGCGGCGUCCGCCGCCCCGAAGCGGCAGCGUGCAGCGCAGGGGCCCGACGGCGCCUUCCCGGCGGUGCGCCGCAGCGGCUUGGCUCUGCCUGGGAAAGUGUUUGGCAAUCGCUCGGCGCCGCUGCCCACCAAUGCCUGGUGGCAGAACCUGGCGCUGGCGAAAGACACCUCCAGCUUGGAGGCGAACGUCUUCCAGAUGCCGUACGUCAUCACGGCUGGCAGCAGCUCCGUGAACGUGAUGCAGCCGUACCCAGUCCAGAAUUCGGCAGCGCCUUUCGCCCAGAGUUUCAACGAGUUCGAGGCGAUGAGCCUCGGGUUCUCGGAUCAGGACCUCUCUGGCCCCAUCCUGGACGGGUGGGGCCAGCUCAGCGUGUCGCUCGGCUGGAGCACGCCUUCCGGCCGCGGCGGGAUGCGCGCGCCGCUCGCGAGGGGCUCGCCGUACGUCACCGCGGUGUACGACGGCGUCACGCCCCUCGCCUCGUCGCGGCAGCGGCUGCAGACCCACGGCGGGCGGUACCAGAUCACGGUCGACGGUGCGCCCGCGCCGUGCGACGGCAAGGCCCCGCUGCGGGGCUCCGUGUUCGAGGCGCGCCUGGGCCAGAGCGGCGCCGCCUGGCUGCUCUUCUCCCCCGCCGGGGCGGCCUGGGUGUGCACGCCGCGGCCCUUCCGCCUCGCGGGCCUCGCGCCGCUGCGCGGCGCCGUGCGCAUCGCCCUGGCGAGCGGCUGCUCGGGCGGCUCCGCCCCGCCCGUGCUGUGCAGCGCCGGGGAGGCGGCCAAGCACACGUGGCCUGGGCUGCUGCGCCAGCACGCGGGCACCUACCCCACGGGGGCAGCCGUGAGCUACACCGUCGAGGGCGACGCGGGGAGCGUGGUGUGGGAGUGGCAGACCGAGUCGCUCGCCGGCUGGGAGCCCGCGGAGCUGCUGCAGCUGGCGUGGCCGGUGCACAGGGAGCGCAUGUCCAGGGAGAUGUUGCGCGCCAACUCUGGGGUGCCGGACGCCACUCCGUUCCACGACGUGCGUGGCCGCGCCACCGCGGUCGUGGGCGGCAGAUGGCGUCUGGACUACGAGCUCUUCCCAGACGUUGGCCUGCGGUCAGCGCAGCCGAUAGCCGAGGAGAUGCGCGCAGAGAUCCUGGACGCCCUCCGGGGCGAGGGCGGCGCGCUCUGGAACGGAUCGCUGGCGGACAGCGAGUUCGACCUGCCUCCGAACUAUCGGCGCGGCGGCGGGGACACCUACUUCGCCGGAAAGAUGCUCGCGCGGCUGGCCCGCCUGGUGGCCGUCUCGGAUGAGCUCGGCGACGCUGGCCGGCCGUACUUCGAGGCGCUCCUGGACCGCCUCAGCGAGCGGCUGCAGGUCUGGCUGGGGCCUGGCGCAGAGGCCCCCUUCCUCUACGACUCCUCCUGGGGCGGCCUCGUCAGCUGUGGCUGCGCCUCCGGCGCUGGUGCGGGGGGGCGGUACUGCGCCGGCAGCGCUGAGGCGCCCGAGACGUGCGAGGGCCUCCGGGACCCAGGCCUCAACUUCGGCAACGGCUUCUACAACGACCACCACUUCCACUACGGCUACUUUGUCUACGCCGCUGCGGUGGUGGCGAGGCACCGCCCGGAGUGGGAGCGGAGGUGGCGGCUGCAGAUCGAGGCGUUGGUCCGCGACUACGGCAACCCGACGGCGACGGACGGCGGCUUCCCGCUGGCACGCCACAUGGAAUGGUUCAUGGGCUUCUCCUGGGCAUCGGGCGUCUCGGGGCCGUUCUUCAACGGCCGCAGCCAAGAUACUUCCUCUGAGGCUGUCCACGCCUACUACGCGCUGUACGUCUACGGGGCCUCGGUGGACACCCCGCUCGCCCGCGAGCUGCGCGGCUUCGGCCGCCUCCUGGCCGCCAUGGAGGCCCAUGCGGCCAGGACCUACCGCUUCCCUCGGGCGCGCUCCAGCGUCUACGGAGACAUGUUCGGCGAGGGGACAGUCGGUACCCUGUGGGAGCACCAGGCGGUUUUCCAGAGCAGGUUCGGGGGAGCCCAGUUCUCCGCGAUUGGGAUGCAGCUGCUGCCCUUCACCCCGAUGACUGAGAGUCUGCUCCAGGAGGAGUGGAUCUUGGAGCACCUGGACGGCUACAAGACGGCAUGCGCGUCCGACCCAGCCUGCGAGGCGACGGGCUGGCGGUGGGCCGUGUGCCUGUCGGAGGCAGUCGUCGACCCCAGCGCGGCGCGCAGCUGCUUGAGGGAUCUGCCCCAGGGCUCCUACGGCGCCCAUGUGGCUGCGGCGAACGGCGACUCCCUCACCAACUCGCUGUACUGGGUGGCGACCCGCCCGCGGCGCACCCGCGCCCCACCAGCCGCGGCCAUCGCAGGCGGCUCCGCGGAGCGCGCGGAGCGCGAGGAGGACUCCGCACUCGUGCUGAUGAAGUUCAAGGACCGGGGCUUCGUGCUCGACUUCGCCAGGAGGCUGCGGUGGGCGUCCAGCUUCAGCCUGGCCGCGGCGGCGAUGCUCACGACCGCGGCGGUGGCCUGCGCCCUGGCGCGCUCGAGGCUCGCGGGGGGCGCCGCCGGCGACCCCACGCGCGGCCUGCGCGCGCUCGCGGCGUACGAAUUCAUGCACGAGGGCGCGGCGGACGAGGCGCCGACGGAGCCCGGGAGCCCCCGCGCGCGGGGCGCCGCCGCGGCGCCCCGCGGCGCGUCGCCG